UCUCUCUCUAGACUCUGUUUCUCAGCUGUCCCACCCAAUGUCUCUGUCUCUAUAAACCCAUGGGGGUUGGGUCUUAUAUAAACUCCAAAACCCUAGAAAAUCUCAUCACAAUCCAAGCCCUUCAACAUGUCUGACCACCAUUCCUCUCCGUUCCCUUCAUGCUUCAGGCCACCAUCCGCCCCUGCAGCCGCCGCCGCCUCCGCCGUUGACCACCUCCGGCCGACGGAGGCGCCUGCCGGCUCCGGGAACCCCAAUCUCGCCACCUGCGUCUACCACACGGAUCUUGGCAUCGUCACUCUCACCUGGUCCCGCAACUUCUUCGGCCGAUCCCUCCACCUCCAGCUCCACCCCUCCGCCGCCGCUAACCUCUCUCCUCUUUCUCUUUCCAACCCUCUUUCGCUCUCUACCCCAUCUUUUCACCUCCAUAUCAAGCCUUUUGUCUUCUGGAAGAAGUAUGGGUCCAAGAAGCUCAACGUCGCCGGUGAUCCCGGAGGUCGGGAUAUUCGUGUAUUUUGGGAUCUCACACGAGCUAAAUUUGGAUCCGGGCCGGAACCCCAGCACGGAUUCUACGUCGCUGUGGUCGCCGACGGCGAGAUGAUCCUUCUGGUGGGGGACUCUGAGAAAGAAGCUUACAACAAAACCAGAGCUAAAAAGGCUGAGAGAACGCAAGUUUUGGUUUUGAGAAGAGAGCAUGUGUUUGGAAACAAGGUUUACACAACAAGAGCGAGCUUCGGAGGGAAAACCAGGGAGAUUAGCAUAGAUUGCAGCGUGGGAGACGACCCGAGACUCUCCUUCAGCGUUGAUCGGAAAAGGGUCUUGCAGAUAAAGCGGCUCAAGUGGAAAUUCAGAGGAAACGAGAAGAUUGAAGUUGAUGGGAUCCCAAUACAGGUGUCGUGGGACGUGUACAACUGGUUGUUCGACGAUGUAAUGGAGAGCCAUGCAGUGUUCAUGUUCAAGUUCGAGAGACUAGGGUUUGAGGAAGAAGACGAAGAGUUGCAGCAGCAGCAUUUGAAUGAGAAGAACGGGAUGGCGCUGUGUGCGUUUGGGAUGAACGGAAUCGAGAGGAAGAAGAUGAAGAAGAGCCUGCUGAAAACUACCAGAAGCUCAUCAUCAUCUUCCCUGUCUUCAGCUUCAUCUGGGUGCAGUUCUUCUGUGAUGGAAUGGGCAAGCACGGAGGAGAUGGAGUUGAAGAGCCCCUCUGGGUUUUCCCUUCUGGUUUACGCUUGGAAGAGCUGAUGAUCAAGAAAUGAUCCAUUCAUCCCAUGGCCGGAUUCUAUAAUCUUCUGUAACUGGUAAUACAUGGAUUCUCUCUCAUCACUAACCCAUUUGUUAUUGAACAUAAUAAACUCAAAAAAAAUAAAACCAAUAAAAAGAAAAAAGAAAUACAUAGAUUCAUAGAUUCACAGAUAGAUAGAUCAAUCACUCUGACAAAUUUUCAGCUUGUCUCCCACCAACAAAAAAAAAAAAAAAAAGGUAAAUGAUUUAUUUGCUUUCGUGUUCUUCAAAUUAAUUCUGUGUUUUUGCUCAAGAUGUGUAAAAUAUUGUAAAGAGAUUGGUGAUUAAAGCAGUAGUACAGAAUCAUUUGUUCCUUGAUUUAAUUUUCUUGUGGGUAUUAUAGAUC